AGACRUGUCGAUCACGUUACUUAUUUUGUGACCACCUUUGUGACCACCUAUUACAAGUUAAUUUUGUUGUGAAUUGCAUAAGAGGACUAGAACAGGUCAUUGAGAAUUUCCCUACUUGUCCAACUCAAGAAGUACUGUGUAUAGUGAUCAUUUUCACACCUAGCAAGCAAGUGAUGGAGAUGGGCUCAGCCCUUAAAGGCUCUCAAAUGUCUCAUAACCYAACCACUGCCAAGCCCCCACCUCAUACACUUGAACCCCGCUGACGCAGGCCGACCAUUUACAUUUAGGUGCACCGGCUCACUCUAUUCUUAAUACUGGAUCAGAGAAGAGCAGAGAGUUGACUUUAUGUUAUUCAGAGGUCAGAUUAUCUGAGAUCAGGAUCUAGAAUAUUUUGUUGGAUUUAUUUUCAAUCACGUUUCUUCUCUGUUCAGUAGACCUGGCAAUUAUUUUUCUCAAAGCUUUUUUGUCUGUUUCACAGACACUUUUUGUACCAAUUUUAACACAAGGUGGUGUCUUUACGUGAAUUUUUUWAUCACUGGAAGCUAUGAGUUCCUUGGUAAUAGAUGCAAUAGGAGAUUGUAAUAAUGCAGGUUUUGACCUCAUUCAAAACCGCAUCGAUUCACUGAGCAACAAGAUGGACAAGCUCAUCAACAUUCAAGAAAAGGUCCUCAGUCGACUUGACGGAAUGUCUCAGGAAAUUGAUGAUAUCGAACAGGAUAUGGAGCAUUUGAUGGUUGAUAAGGAAGAGAUCCAUCUCCCACCCAAGGUGGUGAAUCAGACCCAGGUGGUGGGGCGUGAGGUGAGGGAGAUCUGCCAGGAGAUGAGCACCAUAAUGCUGGUGGUGAACAAGCGGUCCGAGCAGCAGGCUCAAAAGCUGGAGGGGAUGGAGAAACUGGUCCUAAGCAUGCAGCAGGUCAUCAGCUUCAUUGGGGAGACUGUAAAAAGUUCAAAGGUUAUAAAGAGGAUGUUCAAAGGCCCAGCCGCUCGGAAAGCCAAAUCUAAAGACAACAAAGGAAAACAAACGACUAAGAGGAAAUCAUCCAUGGAUACAAUUACUAAAACACUUGACAAGAAAACUACCUUUAACAAAGCCAAUAAAGGAAAACAGGAGGUAAAUCCUGCAUGUGAGGCCAGUUCUCUGCAGCCGCCUCACAAGAUAAAGCUCCACGGACCAAAGCAUUUCCUCGCAUCCCGUAAAUGUGGAAACUUUCUGAAAGAUCCCAAAGGCAAAGAUGGGUCAGAUGAGCUUGAUUUGAGCCAGAAGAGUCUUAAAGCUCAAAAGAAGAUGAAACCUCCAGAUGCUGCAGAUAACAUUUCCCUAAAAAAGCAGGCCUUGCUUCUUGAAGAGGUGCAGAAACUAAACAGAGAAAAUGCAGCAAAAACAGAUCACCAGCUUUCUUCUCUGGAUCUGGAGGCUGGAGCGCCCCCCAAAGAUCAACAAAUGGAGGUCCCUUCUCGCAGCCUGGUGGACUACUUGCAUGAAGAUUCCCAAAAUGCUGAGGUCAAGAAACAUGAGGUUAAAGAGGCAGUUAGUGAGGAGCAGAUUAAGGAUGAGAAGCCCAAAGAAAAAUCAGUGGUAUCAGACAAAAAACCUGAGCCUGCAGAAGAAAGAGCAGUGGGAAAGAAAGAAGGAGAAGAAAAGCUUGAAGUCCCUGAGGAAACGCAGGCAGAAACURUCAUAGCUGCUGGAGCAUUAGCUCAAGUCCCAGAGGUCUCCGCUUCCCACAGAGAUGAAAAAGAAGUGACUCCCAUMAGUGAAGAGCAGAAAGAUGCAACACCAUGUGCAGACCAGGAGAACCAGGAGGACAAAGCAGUGGAGGAGGAGAAAGAUGACAAUGAGGAAGAUGAGCAGAAGCCACAAAUGGAGGACUGGGCCAUCUUCAGGGCAGAUGGAGUGGAAAUGCAGCUUAACCUCAAAGAAAGAAUAGAGAACGCAGACAACGGAGAGCAAACACAGGAGGAAGAUGAUGAUGACAUUGAAAAGUUUUUUAUUGACGCAGCUCCUCCUCCGGCAGCUCCUUUUAAUCAUCGCAUUGUGUCGGCUAAGCCAAACCAGAUCCGAAACUUUUACACCAUCAACUGGCAGGAGGUCCUUGGCGGGGGUCGUUUUGGCCAGGUACACAAAUGUGUUGAAAACUCCUCAGGCCUCACUUUGGCAGCAAAGGUCAUUAAAGCUCGGAAUCAAAAAGAAAAGGACGUGGUGAAAAAUGAGAUCCAGGUCAUGAAUCAUCUGGAUCAUGCCAACCUGAUCCAGCUCUAUGCAGCUUAUGAGUCCAGAAAUGACAUCAUCCUUGUACUUGAAUAUGUUGGAGGAGGGGAGCUGUUUGACAGGAUUAUUGAUGAAAACUACACGUUAAUGGAGCUGGAUGCUGUGGUGUUCAUGAGGCAGAUCUGUGAGGGCCUGCAGUACAUGCACAAAAUGUCUGUACUUCAUCUGGACUUAAAGCCAGAGAACAUUUUGUGUGUGAGCAGAAUCACAAAUAAAAUUAAAAUCAUUGACUUUGGGCUUGCCAGGAUUUAUAAACCGAGGGAGAAGUUGAAGAUCAAUUUUGGAACGCCGGAGUUUCUUGCUCCAGAGGUCGUCACCUUUGAUUAUGUAUCCUUCAACACYGAUAUGUGGAGCCUUGGCGUUAUUACCUACAUGCUUCUGAGUGGUCUGUGUCCCUUCCUUGGCGACAAUGAGAACGAGACUCUGAACAACAUUUUGGCCUGUCAGUGGAACUUAGAGGAACAAGAGUUUGUAGACACGUCGGAAGAAGCCAAAGAUUUUAUACGGAGACUCCUCGUUGCAAAUAAAUGUUGGAGGAUGGGAGCGUGCGAGGCGCUGAGGCAUCCUUGGCUUUCUGACCCUGCUCUUCAUCACCGUCUUUAUACAAAGAAAACUAUGUGCAGAUCACGUAGAUCAUCAUGUGUGCCCCUUACUGAUAGCUAAGACCUUGAAGCAGAUGAGAUGACUCCAGCUGUGGCUACUUGGACCAACCCCUCUGUCUGCCCAAACCUCCCAAGUCUCCUGAAUGUUCCGAAUGUCUCCUGUGUUAAAUUUGGCAAAUACACUGCUGGAAAUCAGAUAUAGAUAACUCAACUUUAUUUGUAGUUUGUGCAGCUUUGUCGCAGCAAAAUCAAACAAAUCAAAAAAAUACUAUAAGCACCUUAUAAUUUUAAACAACCCAGAAAACCUGCAAUUAGGUCUGAAACUGUGUCAAGGAUCUGUGGUGGGGAUCAGAUUUUUAUUAUUAUCAAGAAAGGGUGCUAAAUAUAUCAAACAAAACCUUAAUAGACUAAUACUUGAGACAGAAUUAGUCAUUUUUACCUAUAUUAGACUCUUUUUGCUUAAUUUUAAACAAAUACAACUUGCUCUUCUUCAUCCCUCACCAGAAAAGCUAUCCCUUUGAAUAGAWAUGUGUUUAGACAACGUUCUUUGCUGCUAUUAUAUGAAGGUUAUAAUAAGAUUCAUAUUCAUAUUUCAUUGCAAAAGUAUCUUUCUGUGUGGGAUUUCUCUUAUCUAUAAAUAUUCCUUUUGGGCUGUAAAUAUAAGCUGAACUAUUGAUUUGAAUUAAGAUAUAAGCCACAAAAAACACUGCGUUGUUGGUAAUGUGUGCAUGAACAGGGCGUAAAUUGUAUGGUUUGGUGUCAGAAGUAGUAUGUGCACUUUCGAAUGUUAUUUAUUUAAACACAGAUAAUUCACAGAGAUGCUCUGGUGGACAGAUUUGUACGGCUGCCUCUUGUCAUAUUUUCCCCGUAGAGAAAACAUAUCUGACUUUAAAAAGGCACUUCAACAACAAAGUGUACGUCUUAUCGACAAAAUGUGUUAUCAUUUCUGUUGCAUGACUGUAGCUAGCUAUGUGUUUGAUCUCAGUAGUAAUUUUUGAUUUUUAUCUUCUUUUUUUAACUGUACUGUAAUAUUUAUCUGGUACUUUGUCUCUGGUUGUGUAUUUUCAACACAUUUAGRUGCUUUUUCCACAUUACAUACCUUCUGUGAAGGUCCAUUCACUAAAAAAAUCUACCUAUUGUAUACAUUUUUAGGACUGCAUACUGUAUACGUCGUAACAGUUUACCUUGAUGAUGAAUGUUUAGUCGAUUGUUGAAACAGAGUGUUUGUAGAAGUUGUUGUAACUGAAGAUUAACAAAUUCAGCAUGUAUUUGUGAAGUGUGUAUGCACCCAUUAAACUGAA